AUGAACUUGGCACGGGUAUUACUUCCCACCAUAUCAAGCACAUAUUUUUGGUGCUUUUACGAAAUAUCAUCCGCUCUUUACUCGACAAUAAUAUGGGCUUCGCUUUUGAUCACGGGUCGUAGGUUUUAUCAAGAUUCAAAUUGGAAUAUUUUAAGUAAAAUAACCAUAAUUUCGAUAAUUAUCUUGAAUAUUAUACAUUGGACAACUACUACUUUUACUUUAUCAUCAACUCAAGAACAUCCUGAUGUAAGGGUCUUUAUAUUUCAAGCCAUAUUUUGGUUGAUUAGUGGAGUGUGUUCCUUUCUUUAUGCCUUUAAACCAGUUUUAAAAACACUUUCUGAUAUAAAAGUAAAAUUUGAUGAUAUAAAGAACAUUUAUAUCAAAAACAAUAAUGAUGAUAGCAAAACCAAUGAGAACAUUUAUAUCAAAAACAAUAUUGAAAACAAUAUUGAAAACAAUAGUGAAGACACAAGCAAUAACAAUGAUAGUUUAAAUAAUAAUUCAACAAAUGGUAUGAUAGAAAAUUCCAUUACAGAAAUAACUAUUGCUAAUACAAAUUCUGAAAGUAUAAAUACAGCCACUUUCAAAGUUUAUCCUGUAACUUUAAAAAAUGCAUCCGUAGAAUUUUCUCUGGAUCCUUCUAUCCCUUUUGAUCCAAUUAGUAAUUCUAUCGAUUUUAUAUUAAGAACUUUUCUUGUACUUAUUUAUGGUGUUCCUCCGUCAAAAUUAAUUCUAGAUUUUUUAUCAAAAAAA